AUGUUGUUCGCCUUCCUACUUUUCCUCUUUGCCUGGCUCUCUAAAGCCGCACCGAGACCCGUCCCCGUCGAACCUCGACAGGCGGCGUCCUCGUAUUGGCUCUCUCAAAUCCAGCGGCAGGGCACUGUGGCUUACGGCUCGAACCCUGGCUACAAGAUCUUCCGCAAUGUCAAAGACUAUGGAGCUGUUGGUGACGGUGUGACUGAUGACACCACUGCCAUCAACAACGCCAUUACCGAUGGGUCUCGCUGCGGACAAGGCUGCGACAGCUCUACCACCACCCCUGCGAUCGUCUACUUUCCUCCUGGUACCUACGCUGUCUCAUCUCCAGUUAUCCAGCUCUACUACACGCAAUUCAUUGGUGAUGCUAUCAAUAUCCCCACUGUCCUUGCCCUGCCUAGCUUCCAAGGCUUGGCUGUACUCGACACUGACCCUUACAUCCCCGGCGGCAACGGAGCUCAGUGGUAUACAAAUCAAAAUAAUUUUUACCGCCAAAUACGCAACUUCGUCAUUGACAUCUCACAGAUGCCAGAAGACCAAGGAGCGGGUAUUCACUGGCAAGUUGCGCAAGCCACCAGUCUCCAAAACAUUGUCUUCAACAUGCGCCCCAAGAGUCCCACCAACAAGCAACAAGGGAUUUUCAUGGACAAUGGCUCUGGAGGCUUUAUGUCAGAUCUUGUAUUCAACGGUGGUAACUACGGUGCCUUCUUGGGUAACCAACAGUUCACUACGCGGAAUAUGACCUUCAACGGCUGCAACACUGCGAUCUUCAUGAAUUGGAACUGGCUAUGGACCCUAAAAUCGGUGACAAUCAACCAGUGUAACAUCGGCAUCGACAUGUCAAACUUGGACAACGGAGUCAAUCAAACGGUUGGCUCUGUGAUUGUUCUUGACAGCGUCAUGACGGGCACUCCGAUCGGCAUCAAGACUUCGUACAACAAGACCAGCUUGCCUCCGACUGGAGGUACUUUGGCCCUGCAAAACGUCGACUUCACAGGUGUUCAAACUGCUGUUGUUGGUGCAGACGGUGCUACUCCCAUCCUGCCUGGUGGCAUGGUCGUGGGCGCCUGGGGCCAAGGUGACAUUUACACGCCUGCUGGAGGAUCAUCCGCAGAAUCUCAGAACGUUAAGAGAGAGCCGCAAGGUGGACCCUUAUCCCUGCAGCCUCCGUCGGUCUCAUACUAUUCGACGACCACAACUACGCUCACCAUUUCGGAAAUACCGCCUCCCAGUGGCAUACUGCUCACAACCACAACAGUCUAUGUCACCGCAUCCCCAACACCCACCGGCAGUGCUCCGGUGACCUUGACAGUUUCACCACUUCCUCCAUUCAAUGCCAGUGCUUCCUCAACUGUUCCAUCCAAUGCUACAGCAUCUGAGCCGACUCUGCCAUCUGCCGCAACGCCUGGUGUGUGCUCUGCUACCCCGGUGUCACUGCAGUCAGCACGUGUUCAACAACCAUUGACUGCUCCAAGUAUGGCCGCGUCUCUGAUGAGCGGCAACAAGGUUUUUGAACGCUCCAAACCGCAGUAUCAAGACGUCCCAGUUUCGUCCUUCAUCAGCGUCAAGUCAGCGGGCGCGAAAGGUGAUGGCGUGACUGAUGACACUAUAGCAAUUCAAAACAUCAUGAACAACGCCACCGCAGACCAAAUCGUUUACUUCGACCACGGUGCCUAUGUCAUUAGCGAUACCGUCAAGGUUCCUCGCAACAUCCGAAUCACUGGGGAGAUCUGGCCUCUCAUCAUGGCUCAAGGCACGGCGUUCUCAGAUGUCAAUAACCCCAAGCCUGUCUUUCAAGUUGGUGCCCCGGGGGAUGUUGGUUCAGUGGAGAUGUCAGAUCUUGUGUUCGAGACCCUCGGACCCGCGCCUGGUGCUAUUAUGCUGCAAUGGAAUGUUGCGGAGGCGUCCCAAGGCUCCUGUGGCAUGUGGGACGUGCACUUCCGGAUCGGAGGCACUGCAGGUACUCAGCUUCAGCAAGACACAUGCCAGGCUAACGUCACUGGCUCCUUUGAGUUCAAGCCACAAUGUGCAGGUUCUUUCUUGAUGAUGCACAUCACUCAACAAGCAUCUGCCUACUUGGAAAACUGCUGGUUCUGGGUAGCUGAUCAUGAGCUUGACAUCACCACCCACAACCAGACCGACAUUUACAACGGCCGUGGAUUGCUCGUUGAGAGCCAGGGUCCUGUCUGGCUGUACGGCACGUCGUCAGAGCACAGUCAGCUCUACAACUAUCAAUUCUCCAAUGCUCGGGAUGUCUUCAUGGGUGCAAUCCAGACAGAAACCCCCUACAUGCAGGCUACUCCGAACGCCUUGGAAGGGGGAUUUCCACCUAACCCGGCAUUCUCAGAUCCAACCUUUGCAGACUGUACUACUGACUCUUGCAAGAAGUCUUGGGGCUUGCGGAUUGUGGAUUCAAGUGAUAUUCACAUGUACGGCGCUGGUCUCUACAGCUUCUUUGACAAUUACCUCCAAACUUGCUUAGACACAGAGUCGUGUCAAGAAAACAUGGUCGACAUCGAAUGUUCUUCCAAUCUCAGCUUAUACGGCCUUACAACCAAAGCUUCGGUGAACAUGGUCAACGUUGACGGCACCCCUGAGGCUAUCGGACAAGAUCAUGAAAAUGGGUUCGGCCAGACCUUGCUUCUGUUCGAGACUUGA